AUGGAACUUUUUGAAGAAUGGCAAAAACAUGCGGCAGAACAACGAAGAUCUCGUAGAUCUUUAAAAAAAAUUAUAUCCAUAAUAACAUCAAAACUAGCUAAGAAAUGGACUGCAGCUUAUUAUAAGAUGGACCGUUUUUUAAAUAAAAAUAGAGCCUGGUUGGAUGUAGAUAUAAAAUUUAAAAUAACUAUGGAACAUCCCUUACCAUCUACAUCUGGAAAUUGUCAGCCAGGUCGGCCAAAAAAAAUUUAUGAAGAAUCCCCCUAUAAAACUAAAAAAAGGAGAAUAAAAGACUUGUUGCAAUCGCGAAGUGCCAGUGAAUUAACUACAGCAGCCGAAGUGGCAAAUCGGUUGGCGGGCAAUAGAAAAAUAGCCACUUUAAUUAAAAAAAGUACUCAAAUAUCGAAAGAACAAGAAUCUAAAAAUGUUAUUUGUGGUGGUAGGCAGUUAAGUUCUGAUGAGGCCUUAGCUUAUUACGUAGACUCUAAAUGCACUAGUCACUCAUAUAAGCAGACCCGAAAAUGGUCUUUGAAGGCGGGACACAAAGUUUUUCCAUCUUACCAAAGUUUAAGUAACUCCAAAAAGUUGUGUUACCCAUCAGAUGAUAAUAUUUCUGUGACCGAAACACGUGCCCAAAUUAAACUUCAAGCCAUACUUGAUAAAACAGCUGAACGUUUAAUUCAAGCACAAACAAAUGGGGGUGUGAUGGGAGCUCUGGUCACAGUACCUUUAAACAGAAAUUUGAGAACGCCGAACGCCGAAGCUGAUGAGUUUCUGUUUGUAUUUGCAUUUGUUCCUUUAAGGUUGAGUGAUGGUCAAAAUAUUAUAUGGCAAAAUCCAAGGCCAUCAUCCACGCUCUAUUGCCGACCAAUUAAGUUUAUUUUUUCAAAGGAAACAAAUGAAUUUACUGAAACAGAAAGUAACAAGGUUUUGAAAGAAGUAUCUGAACUUCUUCCAACACACAGAGAAAAUAUUGGCGAAUCUCAAAUUUCUGUUAAACACAAUCUCCUACAAACCAUGGUAGACGGAAAAGUUAGCAAUGCGUUAACCAACACAAAAUCUCCACAAAAAUGCUAUAUCUGUGGGGCAACUCCCAAAAUAAUGAAUGGCAAAUUAAAAAACGUUGCUAAAAAAGAACAUUACGGUUUUGGUUUGUCUACUUUACAUGCGUGGAUUCGUUGUUUUGAAUGCUUUUUGCACAUAGGCUAUCGCUUAAAUAUUAAAAAAUGGCAAGCUAUAGAUGACAGUGAUAAAAUUAGUUUACAACAGCGGUCGGCAGAGAUUAAAAAAAAGUUUAAAAAUCAAAUGGGACUUAUUGUAGACAAACCAAAACCUGGUUAUGGAAAUACAAAUGAUGGGAACACAGUGCGUAGGUUCUUUAUGAAUCCAAAACUGAGUGGGGAAAUUACAGGAUUGGAUGUUAAUUUAAUAAAGAAGUUUUGUAUUAUAUUAAGGACGUUAUCUUCCGGCACGGAGGUAAUUAAAUCAUGCAUUCUUCCAAUCGGGCAGCUCUCCGAAGAAUCUCAAAAGUCUCGGAAUAAGGAUUGCCGUAGAUUUAGACAGCACCAUACAAGGAAGCAGUCACGCGUUUCCACGAGUAUAGAUUUGCUACACAUGCUUUUAAUAACAUCUGAUCCUGUAAUCAACUCACUCAGAGAAAUACCUAAAAGGAAAAGCGAAAAAUUUUCGGUUGAAGUGUUGGAUUUACUUGUUUCGCCUUCAAUACCAAAACAACAACAACAAAGAAGUGAUGAUGAAGAAUAUUUAAUAGAGGAUUCGUCUGACAGUAAUGAUGAGUAGUGACGAUUAGUAGUUUAAAUAUUUGAAAAAUUAUAUUUUGUUUAAUUUUUUUCAACAAUUUUGUUUAAAUAUUUUUUUAAAUUAUUUUUCGUG